AUGACUGAGGUCGGACCCGCCGACCGCCGGAAGCUGCUGCAUUCAAAGCGGGCGGAAGCAAAUUCAAUUGUGACGUCGCGCAAACGGAAGCUCAGAGAGUUGUAUGCUGUAGCGACCGACGAAGAUGGCUUCCCCAAUUACGACCUGAACGACCUUGAUACGCGUCCUGCCUCCCCUGGCGAGGCAAAGUUCCUCUUCGACUGUGAGAUUCUGCAAGGCCGACGACUGGCGGAGCGACUACUGCCCGUAUUCCAACGGCCUCGCUUCGACACCUUACAACAUGUUGCAACCACCGAUGAUCCGUCCCUAGGACAUGGCGCUCAUGUCGCCCAACAAGUUCAACCUUCGCCGUUGAUCCAUCCAAACCAUACCAUUCCCAAGAAUGUACAGCACAACGGCUUGCCUUCGCCAGCACCGCCAACGCCGAGCAUCCGUCAUGAACCCGAACGGCCCGUAUCAUACAACCAAGCACCUAAUGGGGUUGCCGGACCGCAGGAGGCCUUGAAGGCGUUUGCCCCUCGACAGGAGAUUCAGAAGCCGGCGCCGCUUCAAGGGAGUUCAGUUAAGACAGUUGAUGGUCCCAGCGGAGAGUCGAAACUGCCGGCGAGGGAGACGCCUGUGCUCCUUGCGCCCGCGGCACCGCAUGGAAAUGGGCGAUGGAACGGCAUCAUCAACAAUGCACCUCAAGGGCACGUAUUGCCGGCUCCGCAGUCGGUUGCACCCCCAGCGACAGCUCCUACAUCAACUACGAAGACGGCGAAUGUGGGUGAAAUUAGGCCAGGACCCAAGGACGUCACGGUGUCUAUGGGAGGUGCAGAAGAUAAGGCUCGGCCUAAACCUACCAUCACCUCUGUCAACCAGCUAUUGUCGAACGGCGACUCGUUUCGUUACCCCGAUACCCUCUCGUCACCCAGUUCAACCGUUCAGUCCGCUCUAACCCCUGCCGGUAAUGAAGCGUCUACAAGCACUAGCCCCGAUAAUGAGGCAUCGCAGUCUUUCGAAAAGCCAGUCUCCAGGCCCGAGCAGGAACCCAGGAGGGUUGCCACCGACAACAAGGGCGUGGGCCAGUUUACAGGACCAUCUGUUGCCGCUCCAGAAUUGCGCCCACAGCCUCAACAACCUGGUGUGUAUGGCAAUGGGGUCCCAGGGGUUCCCAGCUCGUCAGGCCCUUCCGUCAGGCCAGCACUUAGCGGAGCAGAGGCACAGCUCCUUCAAGAAUCAGCUGCAGCGCGGACGAGCCAAGCCAUCGGAAAGGCGGGUGUUGCGGUACCCAAAGAGGCGUAUUUUACUGGGUUAUUGCAGACGCAAUACCCGUCAGCUGUGAAUGGUGAGGUCCGGAAUUUGAUGAAUGGAGGUAUCCCAGGGAAGCACGUUGCUUCGCAAGCAAGCGUAAGCACAGGUGUUACAGCGGCCAAGGCCGCUUUGCCUGAGGUUGCAAAGCAAAGUCCUCUUCCUCAAGGCCCCGAAAAUCGUAACAAUCGGGCGGAUGUUGGUCUUACUCCGAUGGACUUGGACAGGGUUCCAGCUACCCAGGCACCGAAACCAAUCCCGAGUGUGCACGCAGUACAAGAGAAAACCCCUGUUCAAGAGUCUGCUCGCCAGCCUCAACCCCCUUCAACCGUUCCGUCAACCACGCCACCAUCUGCGCAGCCUGCAGUAUCUCUUGAGAAAACUGUUCCCGGAAUUCAAAUCAGCGCACCACCAGAGACCGAGACUGAGACCCAGGCCAGGACGUCCCGAUCAUCUCACCAUGACACGGAAUCUGCUGUUGCGGAUGAAGAAGGUGAUAUGCCUCCGGGCUUGCUAACUCAUCGGCUCAAGUCUCUCUCCACUAGGCUCCGUGAAAGGCGGAGGAAAAGUGUGCCUACGGUGGUCUUUGGAAAGCAGUACAGGAAACCUCGUUUUAGUGACGAUACUGCACUGGUUGUCAACAAACCAAAGCCCCCUGGUCACAUUCCUUCUGAAGACUACUUCGUGACGCUUUUUAUUGAGAGUUUUGCCCGAACUUCAUCUUGGAUGAAACCGCUCGAGAAGCUAUUGCACUCCGCCCACAAAACUGUGUCCACCUCUGAUCAAACGUUGUCAAUACUCGAUCACCAAGCCUGCAAGAUAUUGCGCAGAGUCUAUCAUCUCCAACAGCACGACAAAUGGUCUCUUAGACAACCUGUCCGUUGCCUGGAACCGGCAAGGCCUGCAUCGCAUCAGGACCUAUUGAUAAAGGAGAUGAAAUGGAUGCGGACAGAUUUUCGGGAGGAGCGCAAGUGGAAGCGGGCAGUUGCUCGAAACUUUGCGUAUGCCUGUUCGGAAUGGUAUUAUUCCAGUCCUGCUGAUCGAAAACUCCUACAGGUGGACGCCAAGAUACCUCCCGUCCGGGCGGCCGACAAUGCUGAUACCAGCAUGGCAGAUGCCCCGGAAACUGGCGAGUCUUCGGUUCCGGAGCUGGACCACUCGGAUUCGCCCGUGGGUAACGAUGAAGAAGUCCCGGAGUUGCCAAUCACCACUAUUGCACCAGCAACUAUCUUUGCCUUGCAGGAUGACGAGGUGGUCUUUGAGCUACAGCCUUCACGGACGGCGGAUCUUCUGCUUGAAAAUCUGCCAAUGUAUGGUUCACCGCUCAAGGUUCCCAAGUUCGACUGGAUAAUUCCAGACUACGAUCCCGAUGCCAAGUGGAAGAGGCCAGCCGUGCCUCUCAGCAAGUAUGUUGAGGGCGAGAUGGUUUUGGACGUAAAGCCACAGCCUCAGAAACGGUCUCGAUUUCAGUUCCAGGGUGAAGACGAGGAGGAGGAGGAGGAAUAUGUCUUUGGCGCUCAGCCAGACAAGGGCGCGAAACUACCGCCCGCGAGUACCGAUGUUGCCUUGUUUGCUCCGGAAAUGAAGUUGACCAGAGAUCGUCUACAUGCUGGCCAUCAAUUUCGCCCACCUUCAGAACACCCAAUGCCUGUCCAGAGCUUUUUCGAAAGCCGGAUUGCUUCACAAUGGACAUUGGCAGAGGAUGAUCAGCUCAGGGCAUUGGUACGUGAGUAUUCGUACAACUGGUCUCUUAUUUCCUCGAUGAUCUCCAGCAGGUCAUCGUUCCCAUCAGCUGUGGAGCGGCGUACCCCUUGGGAAUGCUUUGAGCGAUGGGUGAACCUCGAGGGCCUGCCUAGUGAUUUUGCAAAGACGCCCUACUUCAAGGCUUAUCAGGCCAGGAUCGAUGCUGCCGGGCGGACCAUUCUACAGCACAAUCAGAACGCGGCACAGGGGCAGCAGCAGGUUGGACCUAACGGUGCGGUGACCCCUAUUCCACGGAAGAGGCCCACCAACACCAUGCGUGUUGAGAGACGUAGGAACCAAAAACAUCUGGCACUGUUUGACGCUAUGCGAAAGUUGGCGAAGAAACGAGAGGCGGCGGCACAGAAACAGCAGGCUCAGGCCAGCAUGACAGCCAUGCGCAAGACAAAUGAACAGCAGAGACAGCAACCCCAGCAGCAACUUCACCUCCAGGCGAAGACUCCUCAGGAGUACAGUCUCAUGAGAGCUGCUCGUGACCAGCAAAUUGCAGAGAAGAUGGCUCAUCUAGCGGCGCGGCAGCACGAGAUAAUACAGAAACGGCUCCUCACGCAAAGACAAGCCCAAAUGGCUGCCACACCUGGGGUCGCUCAGCAACAGCAACAACAGCAGCAGCCGCAACAGCAACAACAACUACAGCAGCAGCCGCAGCAGCCGCAACAUCAACAGGCCCAAACACCUCAACCAGCACAGCAGCAGCCACAACAGCCUCAAGUGGCCCAGCAGCCGCCGCCAGUGCCGCAAGUUCAAAUCAACGGUGUUCAAGGCUCGCCAACACCAAUGCGGCCGGUGGUGAAUAGCCUGAACAAUGGCGUCUACAUGUCCAGCGUCAGUGCGCAGGCGAUGAUGGCUUCGUUUAAUGCGGCAAAUAGCGUUGCUGGGAUGGUGACGUCUCCAGGUGCUGGGUUGAGUAUGCCGAUGCUACCGGCUGGGUCGCCGCGUGGUCCUCAGAUUCCCGCUCAGCAAUUACCCUAUACUCAUAUCCACACUAGGCUUAAGGAGUUUGAGACCCAUUUCAGGAAUAAGAAUCCCGGGGCCACCCAGGACCAGAUCAGGCAAAUGGCUACGGAGCAUUUGGGUCGAUUGAUAGUUCAAACCCAACAACAUGCCAUGAAUGCCGCGGCAGGUGGAGUUGGACACGGUCUAGGUGCCGUGGCCACUACGACGAGUCCUCACCAAUAUGCGCAGCUCCUACGGGCCCAACAACAGGCUCAAGCACAACAGGUUGCACAAGCACAACAGCAAGCUCAGCAAGCUCAGCAAGCCGCUCAAGCCGCGGCAGCAGCUCAAGCUCAGCUUACCCCGGCCCAGGUAGCCCAGGCACAAGCGGCGGCUGCUCAGAAACAAAAACAAGCGGCAGCGGCAGCAGCCCAAGCCCAAGUUCUUGCCCAGGCUCAGAUGCAGACUCAAGCUCAAGCGCACCAACCUCAGCAACCUCAAGCCCAGCCUCAUGUUCAAGCACAAGCAAUGGCAGCGGCUCAGCUUCAAGCUCAGGUUCAGCUCCAGGCACAGGCGGCGGCCCAGAAGCAAGCAGCUCACGCCCAUCCUCAGGCUCAGUCGCAGGGACAAGGUCAACAUCCUCAGCAAACCCAGCGAGCUCAUCAAGUCCAGCAAGUACAAGGGCAGCAGGCACAUCAGCUGCCGCAGGGUCCGCAGUCACAGCAGGUCCAGCAGCAGGUCCAGCAAUCUCCGCAGGCACGGCAGCAGUCUCAACAGCCUCAGAUGGUACGACAGCCGGUGCAGCAAGCCCAGCAAGCCCAGCAACCUCAGCAAGUUCAACAACCUCAACAGUCCCAAAAGACCCAGCAAAUGCAACCCCAGCAGCAGCUCAGCAAUCCCAGCAGGCGCAGCAAGCGCAACAGCAACAACAGCAGCAGCAGCAGCAGCAGGGGCAAGCUCAAAGCCAAGGCCAAGUUCAAGGCCAGGGUCAGGGUCAAGCUCAGGGGCAAGGCCAAACUCGGGGUCAGGCUGGGGUUCAAAUCCAAGGUCAAGUCCAGGGUCAAGCUUCGGGUCAAGUUCAACCUCAGCACACCCAGCAAGCUCAUCACGCUCAGCAAGCUCAGACCCAACAAGCUCAACAUGCUCGAAAUGCCCAGCAAGCCCACCACACCCAACAAGUUCAACAGGCACAACAUGCCCAGCAACCUCAAGGGCAGCAGGGACAGAGACACGGACAAGUCCAUGGGCACGGGCAACAACUGCACCAGCACCAGCAGCAUCAACCACAGCAGGCACAGCAGACACAGCAGCAACAACCUCAACAGCAGCAGCGUCAACAAGUUCAUCCUGUACCACAGCUGCCGCAGGCGCAGCAGGCUCAACAAGCACAACCGCUACAGCAAGCUCAACAGCAUCAACAGCCUCAACAACCUCAACAGCCUAAACAGCCUCACCAGGCUCACCAGGCUCAAGCUCAUCAGGCUCAAGCUAACCAGCCUCAAGCUCACCAGCCUCAAGCUCACCAGCCUCAAGCUCACCAGCCUCAAGCUCACCAGCCUCAAGCUCACCAGCCUCAAGCCCAGCAGCCUCAGCAAGCUCAAGCUCAGCAAGCUCAACAGCCUCAACAGCCUCAACAGCCUCAACAGGUUCAACAGCCGCAACAGGCUCAGCAGGCUCAGCAGACUCAGCAGGCUCAGCAGACUCAGCAGGCUCAGCAGACUCAGCAGGCUCAGCAGGUUCAAGGUCAACAGGCUCGGGCUCAACAGGCCCAGGCUCAGCAAGCUCAGGCUCAGCAAGCUCAGGCUCAGGCUCAGGCUCAAAGUCAAAUGCAAUCGCAAGCUCAACCACAACAGCAACCGCGACCUCAGUCUCAACCACAGGCGCAACAGCCGCAACAGGCUAACAAGCCAGCAGAACCAACAAGGUCAGCAGGCCCAGCAAUCACAUCAAGUUCAACAAGCUCAGCAACCUGUAGCUGCUCCCCAACCCGCUCCCCAGACUAGUCAAAAUCCUCAGGCUGCUCAGCAGGCGGGAAUGGCGCAACAACAACAAGGACAGGGUAGCGGUAGCGCUACGCCUGCUCCACCAAAAUAA